AUGACAGAUGACCACGGCCGAGAAAAUCCCUCAAAAGAACUGAGAACUGGCAACGUCGCCGAGGAGACGUGUUCAGUUGCGAAUCAUCUGCAAUAUCAUCACAUAAACACACUUACGUUUACAUCCUUGCCGUCAGCUCUUGAAACGAUGGCUGGGCCUUCAAGGCGACGAAGACAUCAUGUCGAUUCCAGUUCAUCUGAAUCUAUUGCCGCCCACAGCCCAGAGAGCGGGGUGAAGCCUGCAAAGCACCACAGAAGCCGGAAUCUCACUGUUUCUCGAGUGAUGCGGUUCUGCCUUCCUCGUCCAACAGACCGGCGCUCAAGGACUACGAACAGGCUACCACUAUUCGGUAACCUGAGGCCUUAUGCUGGGGACAAUGCAUCAUGGCUUCAAGAAAGGCUUUGGGAGCUUGAAGUCAGGAGAUUCAUUCAAGUUGUCAACGGCACAGAGGACAUGCUGGUACCCGUGUUGAAGCUCGACAGCGACGAAAUCAUUCAUUAUUCGCUCACUCGACAAAACUCAAAAAAACUGCAAGUGCUAGCAGACCGGAUUCGUGCGGCUUUGCACGUGUGUGUCAUAGAUGACAGCCUUUUGCUCGAACGGCUCCCGGACAAUACCAGGCCCUCGAAACGGUUCAGCGAGAGCUAUUGGGCCCUUCGCCAGGCUUGGGGCGAGGAAGACGAUUUGCCUGGCCGCCGCCAACGCUCUGAUCCCGAUGAUAUUAGUUAUCAAGAGUACAAGGCAAAACGCCGAGGUGACACAGCAGAGGAUCAGCAUCGCAAUCUCGAUGACUUUGAACUUGAGCAGUGUUAUUACCUUGUGGAUCAGGUUACGGCGACCCUGGUUUUACUAGCGGUAAGGGGCCGGGACAAUGAUUACUGGCUUGUUGUUGUGCUAGCUUGUCUAGCGAAGCUUUCGACGAAGAUAAAGUUCUUGGUCAGGGAAUUUUCAAAAAAUGUCGCAAUUUGCUUUCGAAAUUCGAAAGACCAUCAGGAUACCCUCGGACCAGAACAUUUCAGGGACGACGACGCCCAACAACCGCUGAAUGACAACAGUCCUACGCACACUCGCUAUCGCAGGGAGGUCGAAGUUGUUUCUGGCUGGCUGACGGACUGCUUCAUACGAGUUUUGAGGGGCCUCGGCGCUCAAAACCCCAGGUCGGCAAGAAGCGGCUCCGUGGACAUUUGUACCAUCGUUUAUCCAGCCGGCAUAGCUGGCACCCGCACUCUGCUCUGCCAAGCCCGGAAUGGGGAGGUAUCCGGUUCCCCUGGACUGAUACCGGUUGCGUUCGCGUCGAACUCUAUCACAAUCAUCGAUAAACUAAGCAGCAUCCUGUCGUCCAGAGCCCAUAUUCCACCGCCCGGGGACCAGGCCACUGAUGAGACAAUGAGUGAUCGAUCUAAAAGCGCGUCUAAAGGCUCAGAUGAACCGGAGACGGUCUUGGUGGUCGAGUUGGAGCGUCACAAUGAGGAUGUCGAUGGGGAACAGCGUUUCAAUCACGUGCGGCGGCGUUUGACCAUACGAACACUGUUUGAUUUUGUCGCUAUCGCGACGUGUCUCUCCCUCUGUCAUCCCGAGGUCGGGAUAGGUUUCCAAAGCAGCCUACAAACAAUCAGCGCCCUCUCGGCUUUCGAGGAACCAGAGGAUCAUGAGUAUGCCUCAACCAAAAGCGCCGCCCCCACUAGGUCAGAUGUGCCGACGGAGCACACACCCUCCACAAAAUCAGGGACCGCCUUCUAUGCGUUUGUGAAUCUUUGGGCAGAUAAUGCGGAAGGCGGUCGGCCAACGGACACUUUAUCGUCGUUGUCGAACUCGGUAAUCGCGGCAAGAAGACACAAUGUGCUCGACAGACAGCUUCCGCCUCUGAACCAUGCGAGGGUGGGAACAUCGGCAACCAGAAAUCCAAGGGAGGUUAUAGCGGCUCUCAACGAGGCCCAAGAAAAGCGAAAACGUCUGGAAAAUAUCAUCAGAAAGUGGAAGAUUCAUGAGUCAUCCAUAGUCGUUGAAUGCCCUGAUUUCGUCGUCAGGGUGUCGUUGUUCAGCGCAGCUCUGGUUUUGGGCGGGCUGGCUUGUGGCUUCUUUGUGGGCGAGAGGAUAACGGGCGUCGACCCCUUCAAUCUCACCAUGUUCUCCUGGAUCAUUGCCGGCUUUGUGAUCCUUAUAGCCAAGAGCGUCAGAGUGUCUGACUGGACCUGGCGGGACUUUCUGUUUCGGCAAGUGACGUGUCGAACAGUCAAGGAAGUGGCCGACGUCGUCCCGGGGCUCGACGAGCAGGACAUACUCUGUUUCUUGCUUUCGUCGGAGAUCCGGAGCACAUUGAAAACACGUGGCCCGUUUGGAGGCGUGUUUUACUUCUCUCCAACUGACGGCGGCUUCUCAAUCGACGUUAAACCCAACCUCCAGACCUUAUGGGCGGCGGGGGUUAUUCCCGUCAUGGUUCAAACCCUCGAAGGUCCCGUGUUGCGUUUCCUUCGGCUAGUCUCUGGCUAUAAUGGCCAUACGUCGGUGGAAAUGUCUGGCCAAUGUGUUGAUUGUGUCUGUAAGAAUCCUCCUGACAAUGCAUUCGACGUAACUUCUCCAGAGGAAGGCCAGAUUGACGAAGCAGUUGUUUUAUUUGAAAGAAUUAGCUGGAUGAAGAUUUUGGGGGUUUACAAUGUGACUGGAGUCUCAUUCCGAUAG